CCGCGGAGCACCCUAUAUUUUCUCCGCCUUUCACUUUCUCUCUCUACAUUUUUUUGGCCAAAAGAAGAAGCAUUCUAAGCUGUACGAAAGCUGUUGUUUCUCCAUUUUCCUCGAUCAAGUAAGUUAAGGAGAUAGGGCUUUGGUUGUUGGUAUUUUGUGAAGAGAUGGCAAACCGAAGAGAGGAUGAGAAAAAUGAAAGAACUAUACGGAAUCUGCUAAAGCUUCCUGACAACCGACGAUGUAUAAACUGUAAUAGCUUGGGGCCGCAAUAUGUUUGCACUAAUUUCUGGACAUUUGUUUGCACAACAUGCAGCGGUUUACAUCGAGAGUUCACCCAUAGAGUGAAGUCAGUAUCCAUGGCUAAGUUUACUUCACAAGAAGUUAGUGCCCUUCAAGGAGGAGGAAAUGCGAGUGCAAAGGAAAUAUAUUUGAAGGACUGGGACCCACAGCGUAAUUCUCUCCCAGAUGGCAGUAAUGUAGAGAGGCUUCGUGAUUUUAUUAAGCAUGUGUAUGUGGAUAGAAGAUACUCUGGUGAAAGGAGCUUUGAGAAGCCACCAAGGGGAAAGAUGGCUGAAGCCGAGAACUUGAACGAGAGCAGGAAGACAGAUACCUACCGGGGUGGCUCUCGAAGCCCACCAAAUGAGGAAGUGUAUGAGCGACGAUAUAGCGACAGACCUAGUCCUGGUGGGAGAAGUAGUGGUGGAAGAAGUCCUGGAUAUGAUCAAAGAAGUCCUGCCCGUGCUGAAGUAAUCAAUGACUGGCGACGGGAGGAUAGAUUUGGGAAUGGAAGGAGAUCUGACGAUGGUCGAACUUCUGAUGGAGGAUCCAAGUUUGAAAGCAUGUCACCUGACCGUCAAAGCGACCUUGACACGUCCAGUCCCCCAAUGGUUCGGCCUGUUAGAGAGAUUCUUGGAGAGAGUGUAUCUCCCCUUCGAGUUAUUGAACCUCCGAAAACCAAUGGUGGUAGGUCUGUUGCUGAUGGCUCCAUGCAAACCCAGAGGACUGCAUCUUCCAGUAGUUUGGUGUCCAACGGGAACCCUGUUGAACUUAAGACCGAAACCUCAUUAAUCGAUUUUGAUGAUGUUCCUGAACCCCCAGCUUCUGCACCAGCACCACAAAUACAACAAUCUGUUACGGUCAUGCCUGUUGCACAACCAACGAAAUCUGCUGCUGACAACUGGGCGAAUUUUGAUUCAUUUGCGGAGGUUAAAGCAUCUCCAGCUCCUUCAAACACCAAUCUACUGGAGACUGUACUCUCAGAGUUGGCAGCUCCAGCAACUGCAACUGCUCCUUCAGGAAGUCCUGGUGAUAGUGCAGCUCCAUUCACUCCCUUCAGUAGUUUUGCUCCUGGAGCAGCAACUAUGGACAACUCAGCAGCAUUUCCUCUUGGUGGUGCUCCAUCUGCACCCACUGGACCGACAUCAAUACUGCCAGGUGGUGGUAAUGCCUUUGCAAAUACUCACGGUGGACACUGGUCUAAUAUGCAACCUCAGCAGACUUCCUUGUUUCCUGUGACUGGCCCACAGGCUAUAUCACAGCUUUCUACUCCAGCUGCUGGUGGACCUUCUGGCAAUCAGCAAUGGAAUUCUUCAGUUGCCCCAAGCACACUUGGUUUUCCUAGUUCAGCAACUGCACAAGUUCCUCAAGCUGUAAACCCUGUCCUUCAGGAAGCCACUUCUGCAGUUGCAUCUCAAGCGUCUUCUGUCGAAAACAAUUCUAUUGGAAGAAAAGAACUGCCUGCAGAUUUGUUUGCUGUAAAUUAUUCUUCAAUUCCUGGAGCUUUUCCAGGCUGGCAUACUGGUCCACAGCAUGGCUAUGGAUUCGCGAUGCAGUACAACAUGCCAAUGGCUACAAAUGCUUUGCCACAACCAUCAAAAUCAACAAACCCUUUUGAUGUCAUAAAUGAACCAACUUUACAAGCUCCAACGUUUCCAUCAAUGGCAUCAUUACAAGGUGCACUACCAAACAUGGCAGCUCCAACUGGAUUGCUGCAUACAUCCAACCUCGGUGCCCUUUCUCAUCCUCCGGCAAUGGCUCAGCAAGCACCAUCUUAUGCAUCAGCAAUUCCACCAGGCUCAUACAUGGGGCAUCAAGUAGCUGGUAGCAUGCCACAGAGACCACCAGGAAUAGCAAGUUUUGGCUUUGAUGGGGUUGCUUUUGGAGGUCAAAACUCGAAUCAGCAGUCGGGUGGAUUAUAUUCUGCACCCCCUACCCAGAACACCUUUUCUUCUUCUGGAGGAAACCCAUUCGGAUAAAGAAAAUUCAUUUCUAAUGUGGUUGAAUUGAGCAUUUUUGAGUCGCGAUAUUUUUCGUAGCUAAGGCGUUUUCAAGGGGUUAUGGCAUUCAUCAUCGAGCAUCCGAUCCACUGUGCUACUGCCAAAAGAACUGUAACUAGAUGCUGGAAGGAGCUAAAGGGGAUUUUUAUCAAUGAAUGGGAACCUUCAUUGUGAGACAUCUCUCUAUCAUGUGCAUUUUGCCUGCUGCACCUAAAAUGUGUAUUAUUUUUUUUUUCUUCCUUCUUUUCCUUUUUUAUUAUUUAUUAAUCUUCUUUUUUUCAUCCCUCCCCUAAUUUCCUGCACUGAAGUUGCAUUGUUUUACUUAUUUUUGUUUUUUUGCUAGUAUUGUUGUGGUCAGUGGUUUCCAAUAUAGAAUUUCAGCUGUAUUGUACAGUUUGUAUUUUACGUUGUACCAUAGGAUUUAAUGUAAUAUCUAUAUUCUUUGUU